CCUUUUAGUUUGUAAGCAUUCACGCGUUAAAAGAGAUAUAAGGCAAACGGUCUACGAAUGGUUUCUUUUUUGUUGUUGCUUUUUUUUUUUUCUAAAAUCAUUAAACGCACAGAUAAAAUAGACAGUUUUAAAGUAUAAAUAAAUCAAAGUAAUACAUAUAUCGAUAAAUCACACGUAUCGAUUACUUUUUUUACUUUAUUUAUUUCUAUUUUUGGUUUAUACUUUUGUUGUUGUUGUUGUUGUUUUUUCUCAACACGUUCUUUUUGUGUCACUCGAGUCAUGGUGUUCGCGUGGAAAUACAAAUGCGAGUUGAUAUAUAUUAUUUUUUGAAUCAUUAAUUACAACGACGACAUAUUGAUGACAAUGAUAAAUAAUAAUAAUAUUUUUCUUUUGAUAUUUUUAUCGACAAUUGUACUGAUUUAUCAUCAACGAACAUCAUCAUUUGCCAAUGCUUUUGGAGUUAAUGACUGUCUGGCAUUUUGUUCAAACGAAUCGUGUAUAAAUUCCUGUCACAGCAAGAUAAACGAAGAUGCAAAUGCAAAUAUCAAUUUAAAUUGUAGAGGAAAGGAUUGUAUUAUGAUCAAGCAUAAUAUGGGAAAGUAUAUUAUCGAACAAAGUACUAAUGAUCGUAUUUGGAAAACAAUCAAAAUAAGUAAUGGUAAAUUUUCUUUCAUUUCUAAUUUAAUAUCAAAUACAUCUUAUCGAUUUCGUUUGAGAAGAUUAACAGAGAAAGGUGUAUCUCGACCAGAAACAUCGGAUUGGUUUUCGACUUACAAUGUUGAUUAUGUGCCGAAGAAAGUUUUUAAUGUAUCUUUGUUGAAAAUGGAAAUAGAUAAGACCAAUGUGUGCCGACUUUCUGCAGAUAUUAGUUUUGAACCAGCGGACGAUUUGAGUUGUUAUUAUAAUGUCUUGUAUUGGCAAUAUGAACACGAUUUAAGAUACUUAACAAUACGGAAGGCUCCGACAUUUAGUUUCCAUCUUCGUAAUUUAGAAUUUGAUCGGAACACAACGGUAUAUGUUUCUUCUGUAAACGGUAUCGAUAAGGACGUCAGUGAUCAAACAACUUUAACAUUUGUUACACCUUCUUGCUUGGAAAUGCAUAAUAAUUUGAAAAUUUGUUCUCCACAAAAGGUCGAGGGACUACACAUGAUAGAUAUUUACAAACAUGAUGGUCUUUACGAUGUUAUCGUUAACUGGGAUAAACCUAGCAUAGAACCGGAUAAUUAUACGAUCCAAUUGGAAACUUUUCGAAAAGACAAAAUAUUACUUACAGUACCUGGGAAUGAAACCGAGGCACAUUUUAUUGAUAUUAAAUUGGAAAAACAAUAUAAAGUCAGUAUUAUAGCUGAUUCCAUUGGUGGUUCUAGUCCAGUAUCUAAAAUAAUAACCGAUUGUAACGUGAUGUUAGUAAAUGAAUACAGUCUUUUUCAAAACAUCAUGAUACCGUUAGUCAUUAUAAUGACGAUUUUUAUAUUGGUAACAAUUUGCAUGUUUCUGUUUAAAGGAAGAACAAAAUUAUGUCAUAAACAAUAUACGCAUUUUCAGGCUUUAAAUCAAAAGGAAUUUCCUACGAGUGUGCCUAAAUUAUUAGAAGAAAAUAAAAACAUAUCCAAUAAUGAUAAAACUCUUUUACCAUUGGAUAAGUUUGAAUUAUCUCCGAAAAAAUUACAAUUAAAAGAUAUUCUUGGAAGUGGUGCUUAUGGAAUCGUUAGACUUGGAUUGUUUCGAGAUGAUUUCGGUACUGUUAUUAACGUGGCAGUUAAAGGACUUAAAGAUAAUCCAAGUGUCGAUGAUAUAAAUAAUUUUUAUAAAGAAAUUCAAAUAAUGAAAUCAGCUGGAAAACAUCCAAAUAUAGUCUCAUUAAUUGGUUAUUGUACGAUGUAUAACAAACCAUUGUUGAUCGUUGAAUAUUGUUGCAAUGGAGAUCUGCAAACAUAUUUGAGAAAGAUAUGGAAAAAUACUAUUAACGAUAUUUUAGAUUAUAAAUCGCAAUUUAAAUUCGAUCAGUGUAUUCAUAAUUAUGAAAAUGAUCAGAAGACUGAUCGUACCGUUGAAAAUCAUUUAUAUGGCAUUCGACAGGAAUAUAUUACUGCAGUCGAUUUAUUGAAUUUUGCAAGGCAAAUCGCUAAUGGAAUGGAAUUUUUAUCAACAAAUCGAAUAGUACAUCGUGAUUUGGCAGCACGUAAUGUUUUAGUAUGCUCUGACAAUAUUGUCAAGAUAUCAGAUUUUGGUCUUAGUCGUGAUAUUUAUCAAGAAAAUGUUUAUAAAAAACAAGGAAGCGGUAAAUUGCCAUUAAAAUGGAUGGCGAUUGAAGCUUUGACACAUCAGAUAUAUACAACUCACAGUGACGUAUGGUCUUUUGGUAUUCUUUUAUGGGAAAUAAUUACGUUAGGUUGUACACCAUAUCCUGGGGUUCCCACAAGUAAUAUCUUGAAGCUUUUAAAAACAGGAUAUAGAAUGGAAAAGCCACCAAAUUGUGGAGAAAAUUUAUAUAAUAUAAUGUAUUCGUGUUGGCAUAUCAGACCUCAAAGCAGACCGACUUUUACGGAAUUAAAGAAUGAUCUGGAUAUGUUACUCAACAAUUAUACUGAUAAUAAAUAUUUAAAUUUGAGCUAAAUAUUACAAGAACUGAAAAACCAAAAAAACGAUUAGUGCGUUUUGAUAAGAAAGAUUGUAUAAAUAAUUAAGUUAGUUCUUUUAUUAUCUUUAUAACAAAAAAAAAAAAAACUAACAAUAACUAUUACCAUAGAGUAUUAAAGUUAUUACUAUGUAUUAUCUUUGGAGAAAGUGUAAAAUCAUGUGUAAAAUCAUUUAUUUCGUAAGAAUUUUUUUACGUACAAUAAUCUGUGAUAUAAUCCCUUACAUAUAUAUAUACGUGAGUACUUGUGUGUGUCUCUGUGUGUGUAUGUGUAUGAUUUUGUGUAUGAGAGCGUGAGUGUAUAUGUUUCAUAAUAUUGUGUUUAUAUAUGUAUACAUAUAUACACACAAUAUUUUGUAAUUAUGAUAACUCA